AUGUUUACAAAAAGAAAAAUAAUAAAAAAAAACAUAAAAAAGAAUUUAGAAGAUAAUUUUAAUUGUGAUAAUAAUAAAAAUUCUGAUUUAGGAUGUAAUGAAGAAGAUGGAGAAUCAGAAAAUGUACGAGUAAACUAUAAAGAAAAGUAUGCGUUAAGCAAAAAGAACGACUUUGAUUGUGAAGUUAAUAACAAUAUAGGAAUAGAGAAAAAAGAAAAAGUAAAAGAAAAUGAAAAAAAGGAAGUACUUAUUAAUCAUAACAAAACUAUGAUAGAGGAAGAAUCAUUUAAUAAAAAGAAUGAAAAAAAUGUAUCUAAUUUUUUAGAUAAUAAGAAUAACGAAAAAAAAGAAAAAAAAAAGUUAAGUAGUAUAGAAAGAAAAAAAAAAGAAGAAAUAAGUAGGGUAAAUAAAAUGAAUACUAGCUUUCAUAUAUACAGUGAAGAUGAUUCUGAUAGCUACAUAACGAUUAAAAGGAAAAAAAAAAUUAGAAAUAGUAUUCAAAAUUCCCUAAUUUCAUUGAAUAAUACUGAUGAAAAAAAAAACUUAAUAGAACCCCAUAAAAAUUAUUCAAUAGGAAAUAAUGAUUCAAGUAAAUCAUUCAAUGAAGAAGGUGAAUCGAGGUAUGCAUAUGUAAGUAGAGAAAAACACUUAUAUAAUAAAGAUUAUGUCAAACAUAACAAGGAAAUCAGUUCACACUCAUAUAAAAAAUGUAAUAUGAAAAAUAAAAUAAGCAUAAAUAACGAUAAUUAUAUAUAUGAAAUUGACAAUAAUAAUAGCAGUAAUAAUAAUAUUUGUGCUAGUUAUACUCUUGGUAACAAUUUAAAAUUGAAUGAUAAUAGUAGCGAUGAUAUUAAUUAUAAAAGAAAUAUUUUUGAUUUGACUGAUAAUUAUAUUAACAAUAUUUAUGCAAAAAAUAGCAGUGAUUCUUUAACAUACGAGUUAAUGGAAGAUGAUUCAUAUUUUAGUGAAAUAAAUAAAAAUGAUUUUAAGAAAGAUACUGAAUCAAAUAGUUUAAUUUAUAAUUUAUCAUAUAUGCCAAAUUCAAAGAAAGAAGAAAUGAAUGAUGAUAAUAGAAUAGGGAAUAUAUUUAUGAAUGAGGAAAAUUUCAAUUGCGAAAAUGUAAUGAUAAAUUUUGAAGAUGAAAAAGAUGAUAUGGAAAAUGAAGAAGAAAGGAAAUUAAUUGAAGAAAUAAAAUUAAAAAAGAAAAUAUUAAGAAAAAAGCAAGAGAUUAAUGAUAACGGUAAUAUAUUUAAUGAUGAUUACAUUUCUAAUUUCUCAAAUAAAAAAAAAAAUAAUAUUAAUGUGAAUGAAAUAGGAAAUAUUUUAUUAGAAGAUGAUCUAGAAGUGGAAGAUAUAUAUAAUUAUGAAACAGUGAAUGAAAUGAAAAACAGACUUUUAAUAAAAAAGAAUAAAAAUGACGAAAUAAAAAAUUUAUAUGAAGAAAUAAAUACUGAAAAAGAUUAUAAAUUUUUAACAUUAAAAAAAGAUGAAAUCAAAAUCAAUGAGUCUUAUGAAAAUUAUGAUAUAUAUGAAGAAGAAAGAAUUAAUAAAAUUGUUGAUAAUAAAUUUCUUACAGAAUUAAAAAAAAAUUCUGAAUUUUCUUAUGAAUUACAAAAAAAUGGGAUUAGCACAGAGUUUAAUUCAUAUAAUUCAUCAAAUGUAAAUUCUUUUCAUAUUUCUUCAUAUAAAAAUGAUAAUUCCACUAUUCAGAAUAAAAUAUUAGAUUAUAAAUAUAAUGGAAAAAACGAUUUGAAUAUAAAAAACAUGAAAAAAGAACCAAAUGAAGAUAGUAUGUCUUUUUCUUGUGUUGAAGAUAAGGAAGAUUUUGUAAAUAGUGAUAUAUACAAUAACCAAAAUAAAAUUUUAUUUGAAAAAAUUAAAAACGCAUUUGAAGAAAAAGCGGUUUGUAAUUUAGAAAUUAUUAAAAUGAAUGAUUAUAUACGAGAACUAUUUGAUGAAUAUAAAAGCAAAACAGAAGAAUAUAAUAGAAUAAGAGAUUUGGAAAAUAGAAAUAAAAGCGAAUUCGACGUACUUAAAAGUAUAUGUAAAAAGAGAAAAAAAGAAAUAAUUAUAUGCACUAUUUUUGGUGAAUUUUUACAAAUUAUAAUUAAUCUUAUUUUUGAAAAAUCUAAAUGUGUUGAUUCUGCUUUAAACGCUUUAUAUAAAUUAGAACAAUGCUUUCACCUAGUUUAUCAUAAUUUAAAAUUGUACUUAUAUAAAGAAUAUUAUGAAAAGUCUAAGCUAACAUUUAUAAAUGAAUAUAUCUUUAAUUCAAAAUAUUAUAGAAAUAAAAAAGAAAAAACAAAAUGCAAUCAAUUAAAGAAUCUAAUAGAAGGGAGAAUGAUUAAAAAUUGUGUAAAAUAUAAUAAUAUUUCAUCUUUUGAUGAAUCUAUAGUGGACAAAAUAAACGAUCAUCAAAAUUUUAAUGACCUUUCAGUUCUUUAUAUGUUUGAUGGAUUUUCAAGUAAUUAUUCAACUGAUUCUUCUUUGAGUGAAUAUGAUGAAAUAGAAAAAGUAAAAAAAGAGAUAGAAGAAAACAAUAAUGAAAAAACUGAAGAUAUGAAAAAAAUAGAAAGAGACAAAUUAGAAAAACAAAAAUAUUUUCAAACUUUAAAAAUGAGGCAAUUAAAAGAAAAAUUUUUAAUAAAGAUUAAUAGCAUAUUCGAAAAUGUGAACAAUUUUUUUUUAAAUUUUAAAAAUGUUAUAAAAUAUUUCUAUUUAUUAAAACUUUACAACUGUGAAUUUUAUAAAAAUUACAAUUGUUCGAAUUGUUUUGAUAGUAUUUUUUUUUUUUUUGUAAAAUGUGAAUUAUUGUAUUGGGAUCCACUUUAUCAAUUUUCAUUGAAAAAAAAAAAAAAAAUGAAAAUCCUAAAUUAUUACGAAAAAGAAAUAAAAGAAAAUAUAUGUAAAAAAAGCAAUAUAAAUAAUUAUGAAGGUAAAACUUACAUAAAUGAACAUUUUGGAAAUAUAUGUGACGAACAAAAUGAUUUCAAUUUAUAUUCUACACAUACUUCUGAUAAUAGUAAUAGUAACAAUAGUGGCAUAAAUGAAGGUGAUAAUGAAAAUAGCAAGUCUCCAAAUUCAGAAAGUGAUUUUUCCUUAAGUAGUUCUAUAUAUAGUAAUGAAGAAGAUUUUUGUGAAGAAAAUAAUCAGAAAGAAAAGAAGGAAAAUAAUAUAAAUGAUAAAAAAAUGUUUUCUUCCUUUUUUAAAAAUGAGAAAUUUCAAAGAACAAAAUAUAAACUUAAGAAAAAAUUUUUUCAUAAUCCUAAUGUAAAAUCAUUUGCUUGGUACAAACUCAUAGAUCAAUUGAUAAUGAUUUACGAUAGUCUUAGUGAAAAAGAAAUUAUGGAAAAACUAUAUUACCAUAUUUAUAAUAAAAAGGUGUAUGAACUGAUAGAAGUAUGGAAUCCUUUUUCAUUGAAACAAAGUUUUAAUUUACACGUAAUUAUUAAGGAUUUUAUUUUAUAUAAUUCUGAUAGAAAAAUAUUGAUUGAUAAAAUAAAAGAUAAAAUCAAUAUAUAUAUAACUACAUUUUUACAAUGCUAUAAAAAUAUAUGUAAUUUAAAAAAGAAAAAUAUUUUUUUAAUGAGGUGUUUAAAAAUUUUAAAGUCUAUAAAAAAUGUUGUUUCACUAUUAUGUGAUAAAGAGUUAUUUGAUCUAGUUAAGAAAAUAUAUUAUGAUUUUGUUUUACCCAAUUAUGAACAUUCUAAUAAAUUUCAUAAUUUAAUACUAUCUACUAUAGUUCAUAUAAUACACUCUUUAAAUAGUCUAACGGAUGACCAAUUUAAUAAUGAGAUCUCUAAUAUUUUAGAUAAGGAUAGUAAAAGAUUAAAUUCAGGUUAUUUUGAUUAUGAAAAAUUAAAUAUGUAUAAUUAA